UGUUGUACCGGUAUGGUACAACCAUUUUAGAAUCAUCAAGAUUCUUCUGCCCAUCAUAGUAAGGAAUAAUCUUCCGCACGUCGCCACCAAUUUAUCCGCCGUUAAUAAAAUUCAAAGAAACAGUUAGCAAAUGAUGCUGAACAUUUUUAGUACAACUACAAGAAAUUGUAAAAGUUAAAAACUCAAUCUCCACAAGUGUUGCAGUGGCAGUGUUGUGUGGACACUGGAAUGGAGGUCAACUGGAACAGUAAGAAAUCAACUCAGACAUGUCAGAUGCUAACUAACUGUGUAUGAUGAAGUCUGAUACAGAGUGAACUACCUCCAUGAUAAAACUAAUUGACAAACUACUGUACAGCUGAAAAAGUUCUGUCUUACUAUCUUCUAUAAAAAAUAUCAACUGAUGAUUUAAAUCAAGCCUGAAUGAAAGUGACGACAACAUGGCAGGUUUUCAGCAGGCAGCCUUUCCAGUCAUAAAGCUUGCAUCACUCGCCAUAAAGCAAAUCAGUAAACCUCUGGCAAAGAGAAUCCAGCUGAUGGCCAAGACGAGACCGUUUAUUCGCAAAUACAUCUGCAUGCCUCCCGCUCAGUUACAUCAUUGGAUAGAAAUCAAUCUCAAGAUGCGUAUUCUGGGUCUUGGGAAAGCCUCUUCGGUCAAACCUCUGAGCGAGGAAGCAGCCGUCGAGCUAGGAGCAGAAAUCAUCGGCGAGACCUUUCUCUUCUCGGUAGCCGUGGGAACGAUAUCGUUUGAAUAUUUCCGUCAACAGAGGAAGGAUCAAGAGCAUGAAGGGGAGCAGACGUCGGCCAUUAGUGAACUACAGAGUAGAGUUGAAGAACUAGGAAUCUUCAUAGAACAGCAAGAUGCUAAGAUUAGAGAACUCCAGAGAAAUAUGUUAAAUCUCACACCAACAAGGAAAUGAUCAAGUUGCUCUUGGUUUGCUUGAUGGUAUGAAUGUGAGGAGCUAUUACUUUUGUAAUAAAGAGCGAUUUGUUACUGGGCGGUGACGUCCCACCCCAACUUGACAAUCACCCCAACUAUAGUUUGGACCGAUCCCUGCUUGGGUGUUACAGUUGGGGCAGCCCAACAAUAGCUGGGAUCACCUUCUGACUGAGGGUGCGUUCGUUUAGCUUCCCUCGGUCGACCCCGCAGUGCUCACUCGGGUGAGCCCCCGACAAGAGCUAAUC